GGAUGGAAGAGAAAGUUCAUGGUCUGAAGUUGUUGAACUUAAUGUUAAGUCCAGAAGGCUGUGGAGCAGAGAAAAAAAAAGCACUGGUGAAGUAGGAGCUCACCAUUAGGUCCAUUGAUGGCAGAGAAAUGUAUUUCAGCCCAGGAGAGUGAAUUGCUGACCAGGAACUCAACUGGAGCAACAGCGGCUCAGCAGAAAACAGCAGAAGUGGGGGAAGGGCUACACUCUGAUCAUAUUUCCUUUAAAACGUACACAGUGACAAGGCAGCUGAGUCUUAGUGUGAUCCAAAGAAGACUAGCCUUGAUAUCCAGAAAAAUCCAGGAAUUUGGAAGCUGAAUUUGAGAGAAAGAUCCAGCGCUCACUAAGGAAAGCGGAAAGUAGAUUUGGCUGGAGGGUGGACAGUAUCAGUUUAAAUGAACAUUAAUUUGUAAUGAGGGCUAAAAUGCACCUACAAUUAUAGCUAAUGGAACAUAAAAUGGUGGAAGAGAGGAGAUUGGGGAGAAAGGGCAACAGAUUACAAUGGAUGAACAAGAUUGAGGUGCGGAAGAGGUCCAGAAACCAUCUUUAUCCAUAUCCUUGUUGUUGUAAAGUGUACUUUGCCGUUUGUUAAGCUCUUAUAUAGGAAGUUGCGAUCUGAAAACCAGCUAGCCUUAUGAACCAUAAUGUUGUGAUUGUACAGCACAGUCCUGUGAUGUUGUGAAGCAUGAAGUGGAAUGUUGAUUGUUCUCCUCAGGUUCACCUCCUUGCUUUAGUGUUUCUGAGGCCAGAAGCAAGAGGAAGAGAAGGCUGUAGUAUUCCAUCGUCAGUAGGGCUACAACUAGACAGAACUUGCUUGCUGAGAAAUCCUAUUCCUCUAUUGCUCCAUGGCCAUUAUAACUUGUUUCAGUGCCAAUAGUCAAUAUUUCUGUUAACAAUAACAUAAUUAGAAUUUUACAGUUCCUCUCCUCUGCUGGUGGGUUUGCAGGCAGAGGGGCAUGUAAAAUCCCCUUGUUGGCCUUCCCACCACUUACCCACCCACACCUGAUCCAUCGGCUAUUUUAUGGGGGAGGGGUGGGUGAGGCCUUGCCUCAACUGAGGCUUUUAAGUGACUAAUUAAUGGCUACUUAAGGGCCAUUUCCUGCCCAGCUGCAAUUCUGAGGAGAUCAGGGAUGGGGGAAACCUUUCAUACCCUGCUUAGGGUUCAAGUAGGAAAGGCAGGGUGCCUCCUUCACAGACCUCCUUUCUUAACCAGUCCCCUGCCCAACCACUACCAACACCCACAAUCACUGACCGCCCCCUGCCAAACUCCCAAGGUAUGACUCCUCUGGGUGCUCUCUAUGCUCCCUAAGCCCACUGGCCUUUCCAAUCUGACUCCCACCGGCCGGGGCCUCGAGAUCCCCUCAUCUACCUGGUGCUGUGCUCCUGACAUAUUAGAAUUUAGGGAUUAUGUGCAGCCCCAGCACUGACCGCUGCUGGGACUACAAAGUUGCUGACCAAUCAGUGAACUAUGCGGCUGGCAACAUCGCCAUCAACUUUUUCUCCAAAAAAUGCUGAACCGUGUUUUACAGUAAAAGUACCAUUUUCAAACAACAACAACAACUUAUGUUUAUAUUGCGUCUUUAACAUAACGAAAGAUCAAAGCUCUUCACAGGAGCAUCGUAAAGCAAAGUAUGAAACCAAGUCACAUGAGAUAUUCAUUUAGAUGACCAAAAGCUUUGUCAAAGAGGUAGGUCUUAAGAAAUCUUAAAGGAGGAAAAUGAGAUGGAAAGGUGUAGAAAGGAUAUUUGAGAACUUGGGGCCUAGGCAGCUGAAGACACAACCACCAAUAGUGGAGCAAUUAAAAUUGGGGAUGCACUAAAGAUCAGGAUGAGAUGAGUGCAGAUAUCUGAGAGGGUUAUGGGACUGAAGGAAGUUGCAGGGUGGAAUUUUAUUCUGGCAGGUUAUUAUGGUCCUGCUGAAAUCAAUGGACUUUUGAACAGCUCACCACAUUUUACUGCCCCGCCCUCGCUGCAACAGAGCUGUAAAAUCCCGCCCUUAGAGAUAGGGAGGAAGGCCAAGGAGGGAUUUCAAGCAGGUAAUCAAAUAUUAACAAACAUGGAAAAAAGGUGCUUCGGUGUUUUGCUCCUACACUCUAUUCUUCAAACUGCAAUAUCAGAGAAGUUUGAAGUCAUUGGAGCAAAACAUCCCAUCACAGUGGCUGUAGGUGAAGAUGUUGUAUUACAAUGCCAAAUGGUACCAGGUUCACCCCUGGAGAGUCUGGAGGUUCGAUGGUUUAAGUCAGACUAUACUUCACCAGUACAUUUAUACAACAGAAGACAGGAUCAACCUAAUGCACAGGACAAAGCUUACCAAGGGAGGACAGAACUUUUUAAAGAUGAAUUUCCCCAUGGAAAUGCUUCCCUCAAACUGAAGAAGAUAAGAGCAUCAGAUGAAGGGAGUUACACAUGUUUUAUUGACUCCAAAACACACUAUGAGGAAGCAGUGAUAAAUCUCAAAGUUGGAGCUGCAGGUUUUGGACAACAGCCUUGGAUUCACUUGGAGGGAAUCAUUAGUCAAAGAGUUCGUCUUGAGUGUAAAUCGGAUGGAUGGUAUCCUGAGCCAGAUAUACAGUGGUUGGAUGGAAAUGGACAACUUGUGACAGCACAACCUGUAACAACACAUCAGAAAGAUGCCAGUGGCCUUUUUACUGUUUUGACUCAAAUUGAUGUAACAAGUGAUUCUCUGAACAGAUUCUCCUGUCUAAUGCAAAACAGUUUGUUGAACAAAGAGGAAGAGGCCCAUCUCCAGAUACCAGAAGCAUUCUUCCCUAAGGUUAAUGUGUGGCUGGUAAUUUUCUGGGUGUUUGUUGGCCUUGUGGUUGCCAUUGUUGUUCUCGAAAUAAUACUCCACAGAAGAAAACGUAGGAAGAUUAAAGAACUACAGCUGUUUUGCAUUUUAGAAGGGCAUGAUAAUCAGGAAAUCAAUUAUCCCUCUCUGACCUUGGAUAAAGAUACUGCCCAUCUGGAACUUAAGUUGUCUGAUGAUCAGAAGAGUGUAAGAUGGACUGGAACAAGUAGCAAUCUCCCUGACAUCAAGGAGAGAUUUUCUAACAUUCCCUGUGUGCUGGGAUCAGAGGGAUUCAAAUCAGGAAGACAUUACUGGGAGGUGGAGGUGACUGGGAAUGGCGAGUGGAGUGUGGGAGUAGCUGCAGAUUCAGUUGACAGGAAGGGACAGAUUGAGCUGAAACCUGAGAAACAUUUCUGGCUUAUUGGAUGGCAGGGAAACCAUUUGGUGGUAAACUCCUCCCUCCCAUCCGAUCUUCCUCCCAGUAACAUCCCUAGGAGGAUUGGUGUUUACCUCAGUUACGAGUCUGGGGCAGUUUCAUUUUACAAUGCGAGCACAAAGUGUCACCUCUACACUUUCUCUGGGAACAAAUUCACAGAAAAACUUUGUCCAUUAAUGCGUAUUUUGGAAAAUGUGUGUCUUAAAAUAUGUCCCAGAUCAGUGAAACGUUUCUAACAUCGAAGUAUUUGAAGUUCACCAUUUAAUGCAUAAAGGAUGAAAUUGGACACGUCAGGGAUGCAAAACAGAUACAUUAGACACCCAUUAUGUGCUCUACCCCAUAUUAAGUUCCAGUAAUUUGAGUAGAGUUGAAUAUCAAGUCUGUGAUAUAAUGGGCAGGAAUAAUGCACUGCAGCAACUCACCAAGGCUCCUUUGACAGCACCUUCCAAACUUACGACCUCUACUACUGGAAGGACAAGGGCAGCAAAUACAUGGGAACAGCACCACCUGCAGGUUCUGACUUGGAAUCAUAUUGCUGUUCCUUCACUGUCGCUUGGUCAAAAUCCUGGAAUUCCCUCCUUAACAGCACUGUGGAUGUACUUAUGCCACAUGGACUGCAGCAGUCCAAGAAGAUGACUCAGCACCACCUUUUCAAGGGCAAUUAGGGAUGGGCAGUAAAAAUGCUGACCUAGCCAGCAAUGCCCACAUCCUGUGAACGAAUAUAAAAAAAAUGAUACAAUGCUUUCUGCUUUGACUCUCUGCCAUAUCCACUUUCAUCCUCAUUUGGUCAAAGGAACCAUUAAAUGAUAAUCAAUCUGUUUAUUUCAUAACAGAUGAUUAAAUACAGAGCUUUAUUCAGAACCUAGAAACAGGAGGAUGUCGUUUAGCCCUGAAGCUUGUUCUGCCAUUCAGUGAGAUCUUGGCUGGUCUGCAGCCUAACUCCAUGUAUCCAUUUUUGUCCCUUAAUACCUUUCAAUCCUAUCAGUCUCAGAUUUAAGGUAUACAAUUAAUUUAGCACCAACUGCCAUUUGUGGAAGAGAAUUUUAAACUUCUACCACCCUUUGCAUGCAGAAGUGUUUCCUAAUUUCACUCCUGAAUGGUCUGGCUCUAAUUUUUUAGACUUUGGUUCGUAAUCCCAGCUUGUCCAACUAAUAGAAAUAGUUUUCCCCAAAUCUAUCCCAUAUGUUCUGCAUAUUGGAUUAAAAGCUGGAUCAAACCUUCCCUUUAUUAUCUAAAUUCCAGGGAAUAUAACUUUACUUUUCGUAAUCCCUCCUCGUAAUUCAAGCCUCGGAGUCCGGGUGUCAUUCUGGUAAUACUAUGCAGCACUCCUUCUAUGGCCAAUAUAGCAUUCUUGAGAUAUAGUGCCUAGAACUGCUCUGAGUACUGCUGGUGUGAUUCUACCUCCUCAUGUUCUAGUUCUCUACAUAUAAAGACCAGCAUUCAGUUUGUUUUCAUGAUUAUUUUCUAUACCUGUUCAUGAUAUUUUAAUAUACUGUGUAUCUGGACCCUCAA